CAACCAAAAAAAAAAUCAAUUGAUUGUUUUUCAUACCAUCAUCAUUAACCAACCAACCAUCAUGUACCAAACCAGAUAAGAGUAAUAUUCCUUUAUUGGUUACCUUGCAUAUUGCGCAUGCAAAGACCUGGACAGGUUGGCUAUGAAUGCCCACCGCCUCCCUCAUCAUCGACAUCCUCGAAUAAUGGCGAUAAAAAGCAACACAUACAAAAUGUUGAAUUAAAGGAAAGAUCUUCCAAGUCUUUGCUGGCCAAUGUUUUGGAUAUUGAUGAUGAUUUCCGUUGUAAUCAUCGCUGUGCUAGUGCUACAUUACCGCAUCAACCUACUUAUUAUCGUACCAUGUACAGACAAGGAGACGAUGGUAGUGUUGGCCCUGUUGGUCCUGUGGGUGAUACAAGAAUGCACGAAGCCAUAUCACACACCUGUCUAAGUUCAUCAGCUGAAUAUGAAUUGGCUUUAAUAUUGAAAGAGUUAAGAUGGAUAACGGAUCAGUUAAAAAAAGAAGAUGAAGUUGGUGAGGUAACAAGAGAUUGGAAAUUUGCUGCCAUGGUAGUGGAUCGUUUGUGCCUUAUUGUUUUUACGUUAUUUACCAUAAUUGCCACAUUGGCUGUAUUAUUUUCAGCGCCUCAUUUUAUUUUCCCAUAACUUUAUGGACAUUGGUUUAUAUUCUAUUAUGCGAAUGUGUUACGAGAUCUUUUGCUAAAAUAUUUAAACAAACAAAAUAGACGUAGUAGUAGUACAACAAUAA